AUGGCGUCUUCUCCUGUAGUUACAGAUGAGCUGGCGCAUCUCUCGGCUCUGGUUUCCCAGUCUAAGCAUGCCCUACAAGAAGGCGAGGCCCUAUGUUCGCGCGCGAACACACUAUCCAACGCGUCCGCCCAGGACGCUUUCGAUGUCCUUGCCCUGAAUACGAAAAUUCGCUGGAUCUCUGACGCGGUGAUGGAGCAGCUCAAGCUAGCAGCUUGUGUAGUAAAGGACUUGGAGAAUCGCCGUUCGAAGCUCGAGGAACAGGCUCAGUCUUGGGACAGAGCGCGCUCUCAACAGACUACCGCUCUCGACGCGAUACUCGACUCACUGGGUGGCCAACUCGUUCCGCCCAGCUUCCAGGACCCCGUGCCAGACCUCGACUUAUUCGGCAGCCAACAUUCCGAUUCGGAAGAGGAAGAUCCGCUUCAGGAUGGGACUCCCGGCCAUAGUCCCACGCUUACUAUACGAGGCGGCUCGAUACGACAGUGGAAACGAGAGAGGAAGGCUGAGGCUCGUCAGAGGGAUCGGAGUCGGUGGAAGUCCUUGCGGGACUUUGUUGAUGAACGUGCUAUUGAGGGUGCUUUGGAGAAUAUAGAGAACGAGCGCAACGAACUCGAUAACACUCUCACUGUCACCGCUGCAUAUCCGCACACGCUACAAGAUACUCUAGAGAAAAUCGAAGGGGGGCUUGCCCCGCGCGAACCUCCAGUUGACAUCGCGAAGAUUCUCGACCUGCAGGAGAGCGUAGGCAUUCAUAUGGCCGAACAGCUGGAGGGCCUUGCCGUGCAUUACGAACAGAUGGAGCGCGCACAAGGGGAGAGCGAGGCAGGGGAGGCUUUCCAUGAGGAGGAUUUACAGGAAAUGAACAGAGAUACGGAGGAGCUUCCCGUUAUCCUUGGAGAACUUGGCGACGACUUCAACGCUAUAGACUCCAGUUUCGAAGAACUUCAGUCCGCUCGGCGGGUGUCCCACGAAUACUUACAGCGACAACGAGAGACAUUGGAUGAUUUAGACGAGCUGGGGAGCAUCAUGGGUGACAUGCUUCAGAGACAGACCGAGAUAGAGAUAGAAUUCGCCGAACGACUACAGGAACUGCACCAUCAACUGCUGGAUAUAGAUGAGCUGACGCAUCGAUAUCACUCGUACCAAGACUCGUACAGGAAGCUACUAGUCGAGGUGGCGCGUAGGCGACACUACAAGGAUGCCGCCGACCAGAUAGUGCGCGGCAUGAUGUCCCAGCUUCAGGCCAUGACCGAGGAGGAACGUCAAGUUCGAGAGGACUUCAACGCAGAGCACGGGCAACAUCUCCCGUCUGACAUAUGUGUCUUCAUUGAGAGGAUGCCUACACGCUGGGAAGUGCGAGCUUUGGAUACCGAACUGGAGAACCUGCCUGACAUACCAGCUGAUCUUCUGUCCGCGGCAAAGGAUGCGACGGGCUUCGAGGAUGGUCGCAUGCCACCCGGUGCCGAGAGCUUGUAA